AUGAGUGGAGUCGCUUCCCAUAUACCUCUCGCCUUAUCUCUUCUACAGACUGUGGCUUCACAAUAUCCUGGGUUGCAGAAAGCUCAACCCACGACUGGUAAUGUAGCGCCCGGUGCGCCUACGGGACCUGGUCUACUGGCCACCGCAUUGUCGAGCCUCCCUACCUUUCAGACCUCAUCUCAACCUCAGUCCCAACCGUCACAAGGAGCAUCUUCGAACUCAACAGCAGUUACACCUCCGGCAACGUCUACCUCGAGUCUCUGUGAAAACUGUCAUCUUAAGCCCAAGUACAAUGAUGGUCGAAAGACACAUCCCUAUUGUUCCAAGAGUUGUGCAAAAGCCAAAGCAGGCGGAGCUCCCUCUAAUAGUACCUGCGACUUUUGCCAUUCCCUACCAAAGCACGCUGGGCAUCCGUUCUGCAGCAAGUCUUGCGCCCGUAAGGCAGCUGUAUCGAACGGUCAAACUGGCAUAUCUGGGAACCCACCAGGAACGUGCCAAGCCCCAGGAUGCCAAAAGCCCACACACAACAAUGGUGAUUACUGCUCACUCUCUCACAAGACACUUGCGGAAACCGUCUGUUUAAUGUGCCUCCAACAACCUAAAUUGGGGAAUUCCAACUUUUGCGGAAAGAAAUGUGAAGAUGAUGCUGAGAAGCGGGGACCGAUGAUUUUGGAAGUACCUACUGGUCAUGCAACCUUCAAGAGUGUCGCUGAUCAGUUCAAGACCUCCUGGAGGCAUACAGGAACCACGUGUCCUCCGGUCAAACGUGUGUAUAAAGUGAUAGGGACACAGACAUCCCUUUCAGCUUACAACACGUAUAAGUCAAAUGUAGAAGCUCGUGGUCAGUUCGUGGCGGCUGGUCGCUCCGAAGGAAACGAAAAUCGUCGAUGGCACGGUACGAGAAGAGGAUGUCAACUGGGGGAUAAGGGACAGACACAGUUCUGCACAUCGACAGCGUGUUCGUUGUGCUGUAUCCUCCGAACCUCCUUUGACAUCAGUUUGUGGGGAAAGAAGACGGGGUGGGGAAGGUUCGGCAAGGGCAUCUAUACCUCUGCCACGUCUUCCAAGUCGAAUGAUUACUCUCACAACAUCUGCAAGUCGCCAAUGAAAGCAAUACUCUUGAACAAGGUUGUUGUUGGCAAAGGGUGUAAGUUGACACACGAUAACACAUCCCUAACGGCACCUCCGCCGGGGUACGAUUCGGUUCUUGCGGAGAAAGGAGGAAGUUUGAAUUAUGACGAGUUAGUGGUGUACACUAACGAUGCUAUCCGGCCGUCGUACUUGGUUAUGUACGAAUCCUGA